CAAAGCCUCACAAACACCAUCAGCCAGUUAUUGUUUAUUCACCACCUGUUCAAAGAAAAGCGAUGCAGAUUCCCACGGCAAGGCCGGAUUUGGACGGCGGCGAUGGGAUUUCCUCAGGUGACGAGCAUUCUUUUGCCAAGCAGACUUCGCCGAUCAGAACGGAACAGAAAAACGCGGAUCAAUCGCAGACUUCGGCCAAAGCCGAACGGCCUGCUAUGCCACCAGAGUUAAUUGUCACCUCAACACAAGGAAACGAUCUUAAUGUAUUCGAGCGACUGUACAAAGCCGCGGAAAUCUCAAGAUCUGGUCAAUUGGCUUUGUCAAAAUCAUCGUCGAGAAGAGGCAGUUACCGGAAAAUUAGCCCAGUAAGGCCAAGGAGGAAACUCGUAAGGCAAAGCGGAGAGUUGAGUGACCCCGAGUGCAGAUCUUCCGAGGUUAAAAUGCCGAUAAGGCAACAUUUCUGGAGAGUCUUGUCGAGCGAUAACCUCCCCUGGAGUUGCCGUAAAGAUGAACACGAGCAGAUUUUAAAAGCUUGCUCUCAAAAGCUGGCCGAGUUGAAAAAGAAGCACAAGAUCAAGAUCAAAGAGAAAAUUGAAAUAGACGCCGUCAAAGCGCCGUUGAAAAGGAAGGUCAAACGGAGACCAAACAUGGGAAUUGAAAGAAUGACGACAAUCAGCUUCGAACACGUCAACAUACACGAUUCGAUGAGGGUCAAGCCGUUUCGCCAAGUAGAAUUCAAGAAGCCUGAAGAAGAGCCAUUGAGGAAAAGUAUAAAAAAGGUGCCUAAUCGGAAGUUCAGAAAGGGGGGCAUUGUGUCUCUAACAACGGUCCACGCAAAUAACACAGAAGCCAGCGGAGACGAGUCAGUGGAAAAUAGUUCUACCUCAAAGAAGAAAAAGAAGAAAAGAAAGCUGUUGCAGCUGCCGAAAUCGGUGAAGAGUGCAGUUAGCGCUGUGACUGCGGUGACGACUUCCACCAAAAAGGGACGGAAAGACGCAUCUGCAAAGAAGAACUGAUACGAGGAAAAUACUCUGCAUAAAACGCUACAGCGUUUCAGACUGUAUCGAUGUGUUCGUUAACUUUUUUUUUUAAAUUUCACUCAUAAUUCUUUUCCGUUUGCUUCUCGACAAAACAAUUACGACAAAGUUUGCAAAAGCUGCACGAAAGAUUAGAUUAGGAUUUUUCGGAUAUUUUUUACCCCCAAAAAAGUCUGAAAACCUUGAAAGUAUUUGAAACACACUUGAAUAUUUUAAAGAUAAUAUUAGAAGUUUGCUUGCUCAAAAUUUUUUUAAGAAAUUAGUUUGUCACAAAGUAUAAAAUCAUGAGGAGUCUUCUAGGCUAGACUUUUUGUA